UUUCCCAUAUGACAAAAUGUCGGUGGCAUUUUCAUCGGCGCGCCCCAGGAGUAAAGGGGAGGUGACACAGCAGACGAUUCAGAAGAUGCUGGAUGAAAAUCAUCAUCUAAUACAAUGCAUAAUGGAUUACCAAAGCAAAGGCAAGACAGCGGAAUGCACCCAGUAUCAGCAGAUCCUGCACAGAAACCUUGUUUACUUGGCCACAAUAGCAGAUUCUAAUCAGAACAUGCAGUCACUACUACCAGCGCCUCCCACUCCCAACAUGUCUAUGGGUCCUGGAGGUAUGGGCCAGAGUGGGGCACACUCUCAGAGCAACCUCAAUGACAACAUAGCUUCAGGGCUGCCCCCCACAUCAAUGAUGCAGAGUCAAAUGAGCAAUGGCCCAAGCCAUGCCCCCAUGCAGCAGCAGCAGUCUGGUCAGGUGCAGUCGGCUAUUCCCUCCACAUCCCUCAGCCUGCCAGCCAGCAGCUACGGUAGCUCGGCCUCAGCCUCCGGCUACAGCCACCCUGUGCCCUCCUCCCAGGGCAGCAUGAUCCAGGGCCCCGGGCCCAGCUAUGGCUCUUCCUCCUCUUCUUCUUCCACAUCCUCAUCCUCCUCUUCCUCCUCCUCCUCCCGCAGCAACCUCAACAUGCAGUCCAACCAAGUCUCCAUGAUGCACCAACAGUCAGCCACCCCACACUACUCCUCGGCCCAGGCUGGGGGCCAACACUAUCAGGGACAGCAGACCAUGGGCAUGAUGGCUCAAGGCAGCCAAGGAAACAGUAUGAUGUCUCAGAGACCCAUGGGAUCCUACCGCUCCUCACAGCAAGGAUCUGCACAGCAGUACAUGGGACAAGACGAGUUCUACGGAGAGCAGUAUGGACACACUCAGAGCUCCAGCGAGCCCAUAAACCAGCAGUAUUACCCUGAUGGUCAUGGGGAGUAUUCAUAUCAGCCGUCCUCAUAUGGCGAGCAAGGCUACGAGAGGUCCUUCGAUGAAUCCUCACAACACUAUUAUGAAGGAGGUAACGCUCAGUACAGUCAGCAGCAGGCCCAGUAUCAGCAGGGCUCUGGCCAGCAGCAGCCCUUCAGCCAGCAGCAGUACUCGUCUCAACAGGGCUACAGUGGACAGCCACAGGGAUACGGGCCUGGCCAGGGUGGCUCCACACAGUAUUCUCAGUAUCAGCAGGGCCAAGGCCAGCAGUACGGGUCCUACCGCUCGUCCCAGGGAGGCCCUGGAGCUCAGACGCAGAGACCCUACGCGUAUGAACAGGGUCAGUAUGGAAACUAUCAGCAAUAAAGUACCGUUUUGUUUUCCUGGUGAUGGGAACAAUAAAGGAUUGGCUCUGGAAAUUCCACUCAGUAGAGGUGGGCUGUGCUCAGUUGUGGAUUAGAAGACCUGGCUGCAUCAUUUUGUUAUCCUCAUGUUCAUCAACCUUCUAGAAAAAAUAAUCUGUGAUGCUUUCCUCAUCAGUUUUGCUCACUACAGGGUCCUAGUUGCAGGUGUGUGAGGGUUCCUGGCCAACCUACGGAGAGUCAGGGUGUGUGUCGAGUAAAGACAGUUGAUGCAAAUCUUCCAUAUAGAUUACAAUAGGAUGCAACAUAAAGGAACUGCAGAGACAUGGGGUAUGCCUCAGCACCUUGCCUCUGUAUACCUUUAUCUUGCUUUUCCUAUUAUCUCAGUUUGCCUUUCACUCAUCCUUAUCUCAGCCCCUGAAUUUUAUUGUUUUUCUUUUUCUCCCUUGGGUGUCCGAUAUUGGGUGCAUAAGGGAGGUCCUGGGUUUGCGAGACGGUGGUGAUAAAAGAGCAAAUUAGACUUGUAACGAAAGGAAAUGCUCCUUGAUAUUUAUCUAAUAGACUAGGUCCGGCUCUUGCUUUCAUCCCUAAUAGAUACUCAUGAUAAGGGGAAUUAAUUUAUGAAGGUGAUGUUGGUCCUUAUACCUGACUUGAUCAGGGAAGUUUGUCUGUGUUAGUCAAGCUGUGAUGUGUUACUGUGUGGUCUAACAUUCUGUGUUUUCACUCUGUCUUAAUAUCUGCAUAUGUCUUACAGAGGUAAUAGUCACCAUAGGUAGCUGACUGAUCCAGACUUAGGCGUGUGUAUCAUUGACCAUGAUAAUCAUGCAUAGUGGUAGUAUUCUGACACUAAACUUUUUUUCUUUUUUUAUGGCAUUGUUCUGCACGCACAAAAGUCUUUAUUGUGCAGAGGUUGGAGGUGUCACACCUUACAGAAUGCCACUUAGCUAUGAUUUUAUUACACUUUGCCACUUUGUCAGAUUUAAAUUUUUACAGUGAUGGUGUACUUUUUUGUCGUUGUGUGCAAUUCAAGCUGUUUUUAAGAAAUGAUCCUCAAAAAGCCAAAGUAACACAGGGACAGAACAGUAGAAUGUGUCCUGCAUGUCUACUUCAAUAAGUGCAAUACACUCAGUCAUGUUGAGGUUGGUUCUCAUUGUGGACUUUCUUUGUAGUUUCUAGACGUUCAAAGAUGGCAAAGUCUAGGCUUGUGUUUUAUUACGUUUGUUGCAGGUAUCAACUGAUUUUUUAUGUUUUGAAAAAGUAUUUUUUUUGUACUUUGUAUGUGAUGUAUUUACAGAUUACGUAAGGUUGUUGUUGACAAACAUAAAGCUUACUUCAGUGUUCGUUUUUCAGUGAAAACUUUUAUUCAUCAUCUUCUGUAUUAGAGGAAAAAAUAUUUAAUAACAAGAACAUAAGCAUGGAGGGGGAUGCAGUGUCGACUGUAAGACAAGUGUACAUGAAAAUGUCCUACAAGAGCACACUAGCCUUAUUUUAUUUAUUCAUUUAAUUGUUUAAUUUAAUUAAUGCUAUCUAUCUCUCUGUCUAUCUAUCUAUCUAUCUAUCUAUCUAUCUAUCUAUCUAUCUAUCUAUCAUCAUUUACACUAUGAGCAGAUUUUUUUUUUUUUCCAAAUGAUUUAGAGCACCUCUGGUCAUUAUACUAAUCACAGGUUAUUACAUGGGAAUGUGAUUUGUAAUAAGGGUUAUAUGAUUGUGAGGGUCCAGCUUUGGGAUAAUAAUGUGUAAUAUAACUCAGUAAUAACUAUUAAUAUGAAUGGUUGUUAAUGCUGUAGUAACUCAACUUAUCCCAGAGGUGGCCAGCUCAACAAUUGCAGUCUUUCCACAAGGGUUAAUCAUAAGAAACGGGGAUAACUGGCUGUCAAACAGCUAAAUAACUAUAUGCCACUCCAAAGUGACAAUCACAGGCUUCUCUACACUACAAUGUAUCUGUGUCAAUGUUACUUUCAUUUUGCUGUGAACUGAAUGUGUAUGACAGUGUUUCCACGUUCUUUGUAGUGUGUCAUCAUUGCUCUGGGUGGUAGCCCUUGUUUUGUGUGUGUGUGUGUGUGUGUGUGUGUGUGUGCAUGUGCGUGAGAGAAAGAAGAAUGUGAGAGAGGGAGGAGAGAGAAUGAAAGACCGAUUUGGCGUGAGUACUCCAAAUAUGAAUGUUAUCUACUGAUCUACUGUAAGACUGCAUUGCCUGUUCUUUUCAGCUUUUAUUACUGUUUAUUAUAUGAAAUAAACUGACAUUCACCUUU